UUUUUUUUUUUUUUAUUUUAUUUUAUUUUAUUUUAUUUUAUUUUUUUACAAUCACCGACACACAUCAGAUACCCAGCAAAUGUACAUGAUCGCACAUUCAUUCGCAGAACUUGCGGGGCGGACACGGCCAAAUAUCCACGAUCUCCAACAGGCAUUCACAGAUAUGAACCUGCAUCCAGCCAGUCUUGAGUCUUAUGUCAAGAAAGCCUCACAAUCAAAAAUACCGCUUCUUCGAGGGCCGCUCAAGGAGACAAUACCAAAAGUUCAAAAAAAGAAAGAGCAAAAGACAGUACUUUUGGAUUCUGAUAUUGAAGAUAACUCGGAUAGCGAAGAUGAGGAGCCACAACAACAACAGCAACAACAACCAUUGACCACAGCAGCAGGACCAACAACCACAUCAACUUCUACACCAACGUCAACGGCAAAUAUACCUGUGGCCACAACUGCAAGUACGACCACAACAUCAACACCGACGUCAACAGCAGUACCAACAGCAUCAGUAGCGACAAUAACACCAACAAUACCAAUACCUAAAAUCAAGGUCACUCCUCGAACAAUUGUACCAGACCAUUUGCCACCUUUUCCAAGCAAGCACUCAUAUAAACAAACGCCUGUAUUUGUAAAACGUCCUACAGAUCCUCAAAAAAUCCGAGAGUUGAACGCAGAGCAAUCGCGACUCGUAGAAUCGAAUUUGAAACGAUUAAUGGCAGCUGAAAACAAGGUGGGGAUGACUGCAGCUGCACAUAAAGAUGCAUCUGCUGCAGCAGCGGAUCUAUUGAUGGUCAAAGAGGAACAAGUCGAUACUACAACAGAAGAGGCUGUGAAUCGACGUGUUUUAACCAAAUUGGAGGCUCUACCCGUUGUGAACUAUGAAUUCACGAAACGACAGCAACAACUCAAUGCUUCAAACCGACAGAGUAGUCAACGACAUCAGGCAGAAUUACAAGGUCUACAAAGUAGUGGGCAUCAUCAUCAACGUGCAGAACCAUUGUCAUCAUUGGCUGGAUACGUUCAUGGUGUGAAUAGCGUUGGUCCUGUCAGGGGCAAUACACAGCUGGACGGCAGUGGAACAGCAAUAGGGGUCAUCGGAGCAGGUGCAUCCAGCAUUGGGGUAGGCACAGUAGCAUCCAGCAGUGCUAAUAACAGUGCUGUAGCCCUCAAAACAGAAUGGAGAAAGGAGAGGCGGAGAAUGCGGAGGGAACAACAAAAUGCGAUAGAAGAGCUUGAGCAGAACUUACACAGCAAUAAGCGGUUACGGCAAGAGAGUGGCCACGGGCACACCACUGCUUCACAUCUGAAGCUUGUCAGUAUGGACGUUGAUCCACAAUAAUCCCUUUAAAAAUUAAAGUCAACGUAAUCUAAUUAAUAACAAGUACAUGUAUUUGAUAUUUAUUUAUUGAAA